AAGCCGAAGAUAAGGAUUCCGUUGUCAGUAGUACGCAGUGUAGCAGAGCAUUAUACCUGGUUCAUGCUGGAAGGCACUCCACCCAUUCAAGCUUGGUUAGCCAACUCAUCUACACCUUUGGAGGGUGGGCCAGUGGUGAAAGGACUUAAAUUCGUUCAGACUGGAAACUAUACAAUUCUGGCAAAAAGUGAUGCAGGAAAUAGUUCCAAAAAGGUUGACGUUAACGUUAUUGGUAAGGUUUUUGUCUCAAAGUUAACAUGAUAAUAUGUCGAACCAUAUUUCAAUACCAAACUGUGAUAACUGUGAUAUUUUUUGCUCAUAUUCAGCGUCUUUCCCAAUGAAACGAGUCAACUGUGUUGCUUUUGAACGCACCGAGGGUGUAUUUUUACAAUAUAGUAGUUGUCAAGUUUAUAGCGUAACUUUAUGAACACAUUUUGUUUAGAAAUCUACUCUUGCAGUUGUCUCAUCCGCUUUUCACUUGUCAUCUGUUACCUGAGAAAAGAUGCAUUGAUUUCGCAGAUUGCACGCAUUUAUGUCAAAGCAAGGGUCUUUUAAAUGGUUCUGAGCAAGUAACCAACCAUCAUGACUGCAGUGGAGGCAAUGCUACAUAUAUUUGGAAGUGUAUACCAACAACAACUACUAAUUUGUAA